AAUUACACUUAUACUUGAGAUAAGUUGGAGUGCUUUUGGUCAACAUUCAACAACACUGACGUCCCAUGCUUAAACCAAACGCUCUGCAGUAGGUUGACACGAGGAAUGAUGACAGAGAUUACCCAAGACAGACUUUGUAAUUGUUUUCGAGGCGUUUUAGGUUUUAGUGAUACCAGUUUUGACUAGGAGCUUGAAAAUAUUCAUACGAUACAUUCAUAGGAUUUCAACAGGACUGUUGCGCAUGCGCCCCCUCCCGAUCAUGGCGCUAGUGACGGGUCCUGGAUCCAUGCAUGAUAUCAUUAUGUUCGCCAAUCGCCCAUUAGAACGCAAUGAUCGCACCACUAUAUACAACUAAUUCGAUAAUAAUCUGAUUUAUUUGAUCUUGUAAUAAGUUAAAAACACGAUUUCAAUUUCAGGACUGAGACAUAUUCUCACCUUCAGACGUAAAAACACAGAUCAUACAUACGCAGAUCUGACCUCAAGUUCUGUAUCAUGAUUGUGGUAUGGGAAUUAGUGACCGAUUGUAAUGACAUGCGCAGCAGAGCAUCGUGAAUCUGUGACGUGUUUUAAACCUCGACAUGAUGCAUUGCGCACAGUGAAAAGCGCGUUCAGGCUGUGAAUUAAUGAGCCAUAGAGUCGUAUAUAUGCACAGAAAAUAGAUUUCUAUACAAGGCUAAAUAUUGAUUCGACAUGAUUGCCACAUGAUUGAAAAGAUUUUCAAUACUAAUUGUUCUCUUGAGUGGCAAUCACUUAUAAAUUAUGGGACAAGCCCUUUGUGCGCAUUGUCACCGUUAUAAAUUUUAAUUACAAAUAUUCGCUUCAUCCAUGCGCUUGGCAUAGCCAUUGCAGACGUCGGGGAACAACUUUAUUGAAGAGCAAUCAAUGUUCAAGUAGAUUAGAUUUGCUUAUCACAGAGGACGCUAGUCAUCGAUGAAUUUCGUGUAAGUCAUGUAUUUUACUGUUUCAGUCAGUAUUCUCACAAUAUGCGUGGUAAUAAGAUAUUUCAUUGCAAGUCUAUUAAUUUAAUUUUCGAUCGAAAGUUAGCAAAUUCAUGUCGCCGACAUUAAUACAAGAUAUACUUUAUUAUUUCUAUAAUAUUCUGCCAUUCCUGUUUCUUCAAAUUUGCCCAUCAUUAUUUUCCCCUACGCUUUGAGAAAAUUAUUGCAGGUUUUAAACUGAGAUUAUUCCUUAUCGGCUUUCCCCCGAAAUCCAGGACAUUUAUAGUUUACGUUUAAGAUGAGAAUCACUUGCACGAACAGAAUAAAGAGAGCUUUUGCAUGCAAAUUUGUAGAAGAAUGAAAACACUGGCUUAGCUUUUCUCUCUUACAAACAUAAUCAGCGCACUGAGGCAAAGAUACUGAGGGAAUCGAAGCAGUGAUCUAUCGGAAUCGUUCUAUUGUUGCCGUUUGAUUGAUUUCCUUGUUAGAGCUAAGCCGAAGAAAUUAAAGUAAAGAAUUGUAUGAAGAUUUUGAUCCUUCGUUGAAGUGGAUUACUAAACUAAGAACUGGAUUAAGAAAAAAAGCCCGGCUCUCUAUAUACGAUGUUUUAGCCGUUGUCCCACGGAGCUCAGCAUUCAGGACAAGUUCUAAGAGAGUGUUCAAAUCAGAAGAAAGAAACUAAGUGAAAGACUGCUACUAGACCAGACCAUGUCAGAAAACGCAACGUCAUCAUCUUUCGCAACAAGCACGGAGUUAUUCGGAACCUUCACACCUACCACCCUCAGCAACAACACACUGAUCAACACGACCGUCAUCGCCCCAGGUCGGAACAACACACUCCCACCCCAUCAAACUUAUUCCGAAUCGUACAAAAUCAUCAGCGCAACCAUAAUAUUUGCCAUAAUGGCGCUCUCAAUCUUCGGCAAUUCCCUGGUCGUCAUAGCAUUUCGAAGAUACCAUAAACUCCGCACAGUUACAAACUACUUUGUGGUGUCGUUGGCAAUCAGUGAUAUUUUAAUAAGCAUGCUUUCAAUGCCUACGUGGGCAAUACACGUUGUCACUGGGCCAGAUCCAAACUGGGAGAAGAUAGACAGGUCGGCGCUCGUUGUUUGGACUCUAACUGACAUUAUUUGCGGACUGACGAGUAUCUUCAAUCUCACUUGUAUCAGUAUUGAAAGAUAUAUUUGUAUUUCUUCGCCUCUUCGUUAUUACCAACGAAUGGGCGGACGAAGAGCAAUCAUAAUAAUCGCCUGUAUGUGGGUCUUCGCUACAUUACUGGCUGCAUCGCGUGGUAUAUUUCAAGAUACGGUUGUUGUGUUCGAGGUUAUGUUCACCGUCAUUGGCUUCUUUAUUCCGCUAUUGAUUAUGGUCAUAAUGUACUCCAUGAUUUUUCGCGUGGCUUGUAAACAAGUCAAGAAGAUUGAUAUUCCUAUGAAUGGUGGAACAACGAAGAAGUUCCGUUUGAGGAAAGAGAUAAAAGCAGCGAAGACACUGGGUAUUGUUAUCUCGGCAUUUUUUAUAUGUUGGAGCCCAUUCUUCGUGCUUAAUUUCUACGCGAUUUGCCGCAGUUGUUAUGCGUCCUUACGACAAGAUAUUAUCAUUGCUGCGAAAUGGUUUCAUUAUGUCAACAGCGUCCUAAACCCGCUGAUUUACGCCAGAAUGAACAAAGACUUUCGUGAUGGUUUCACCCGUAUUUUACUGCAGUGCGCUCUUAGGGUCGGGAUUCGUGAUGACAUCAACGAGUCUGAUUUACCUGCGCUGGACAGAAGAUCAUCGUCGAUGCUGGCGUCUGUUGCAGGAAGACGAAGGAAAUCUAGUACACUAGCUCAUGGGAGUUUUACUUCAUGAGGCAAAACACUUGAGAUAUCAUUGCUACAGAAGGCAUCGCAUGCGCAAGAGUUGCUGGGAUUGCUGAUAAUACUUUCGAAGUUCAGUCGUGAUGCGACGUCGUCUUUGACGUCUUGUUGUUUUGCUAAUAAAUAGCGAACACUCACUCGCUGCGUGAACUUUCAUCACCUUAGGUUAAAAUCUUGUACACUUUUAAACGAGCACUUGACUUUUGACUGUGCGAUUUUAUCGAGGACACUGAUCCCAGCACGAUUUACCUCAGAGAUUGUCUAACUACGAGGAUUUAAAGUGAAGCAUUCAUUUGCAUAUGUUUUGUGUCUGACCCUUCACUGAAUGUUAGAUAAAGCGGCCAUUAUGGACCGAAGCCAAGAAGAUUUUAAAAAGAAGAGAAUUAAGCUUUCUGAGCAGUCGUUUAUCAUGCGAAGAAACACAGAUAUGAAUAUUGACAAUAAGGAGCUUUAGAUUUUAGUUUGAUUAUGAGAUAUGUCUUCUGAUAUUUUGCACUUCAAUCCUAACCAGACUCUGCAAAGUACAACUGAACUAAACGAACACAAGCGUUUAAACUUAGCAGUUAUGGCAGAAGUGUGACCUACUCGUAGUCUAAACUCUGGUGUGUUUACACGUUGUACAGUUUUAUUAUAUGUAAACUCUUGAAUUCGUUUCAGUAAUAAAAUUUAUAUUUACCGAGCCUGCUUUGAGA